UCACACUGCCCCUUAAUAAAAACAAAUAAAUAGUUUUAUUUAUAAGUGAAAAAGUGAAUCUUUAGUGCAAUUAUGUUUCUGCCCGAAACAGCCAUCUUCUGCAUCACCCUGCUGGUCUAUGGGGCCAUACUUCUGCUGCUAAUCUAUUAUGUUCUGACAUUGGCGGACCUGGAGUGCGACUAUUUGAACGCCCAGGAGUGUUGUCGACGGCUAAAUUUCUGGGUAAUACCUAAAUUUGGCUCCCACGCCCUGCUUUGCGGCCUUCUCUUGCUGGGCGGACACUGGAUAAUGUUUUUGCUAAAUCUGCCCAUGGUCAUUUGGCUAUUUUACGAGCUGCAUCGUCAGCGGCGGGAUAGUUUAGGCGUCUACGACCCCGUGGAUAUACAUAGUCGUGGAUUGUUAAAGGUGCAUUUAAGGAACUGCAUGAUCUAUUUGGGCUACUACUUUGUCAUGUUCUUUGUGGGGUUGUAUUGCCUGAUAUCAUCGCUAAUCAAGGGAGAUCCCAUCAAGCGGUACGAGGAUGAUGAAAUUAUCACAGACUUUUGAAUUUCAGCUUAAUACUAAGGCUCGACUCUUUGACUUCUUCGGCAUUCUAUAAACAGAGUUUAUAAUUUCAAAAAAUUAACCAACCUAGUCGCACUUCAUAAUCAUUUUAUUUAUUCCAUUUCUAGUAAUAUAAGCCUAUUCGAUAAGACAUCACAAAAUACAUAGCUAUACAAAUUCAACAACGCA